GCCCGCGUUGCAGUCUGUAGUGCAUUGCACGUCAACAAAUUAUUCACGAUCAACAAACGCACAGCAACGUCAACCUUUGCCAUCGACUCCAACUCCAGGCACUUAGUAGCAUUGAUGCUCCGCGACAAGUCUGUGGUGUAUAACAAGUAGUGACAUCGAGAAGAGACUCUUCAACCGCGAUUCUUUUCUCUUUACGCUACAGUUUAACGGUUUAAUUGGUAAUCGUUGGAGUACGAGUGUUAGUGAACAGGAAGAGGUUUUGGUGUUUUUUAGUCAUGAUGACGUGAAUCAGUUCUCGCGAUAUGGUAGUUGCUUAUCACUGAGAUAAUUGACCUCCAAUAUCAUAUCAGCUGCUUCCUAGAGUAACUACUGUACAAUUUGUGACGAUGUUUCUGGGAAUUCGAAGGAUCAUGUGAAUAAACAGAUUGAAGAGGAUGGCUAGUGGAGCCCGGCCUGGCUCCCUGGUACCUCCCAGAGUGAACGGAACGGCUUUUCCAGGUUUGGUCCUUCCUCCGGUGCACGAUGGUCCCCACGUUGAAAGCUGCACACACGUCGAUACGCACUACGACAUCAAAGUCGCUAUCGUUUUCGCCCUUUAUAUUAUUUUUGGAAUAUUAUAUACUUUUGUAGGAUACCGAUGCUUCAAAACCGUAAUGUUUCUGACAGGAUUUAUUUUUGCAUCCAGUAUAGUUUAUUUAAUUUGUCAACAAGGAGAUCUCAUGCCGACAUAUGGAAAUGAAGGUGUGUCGUUACUGGCCGGUGUCCUCUUCGGUCUGAUCACCAUGUUGGUGCAAUACGUGGGAUUGUUCAUGAGCGGUUUACAUACUGGCGUCUUAUUGGGACUUGCAGGACUCUUCACCGCUGACCACUUCGUGGAAACAUCACCCAAAGGAUCUGUCUGGUUGUGUGUAGGCGUAUUAUUAUGUUCGGCGCUGACAGUUGCUAUUUUUAAUUUAUAUUUUAGAAAAAGUCUCACAAUACUUGGCUCAAGUUUAUACGGUGGAGCGACACUAUCUAUAUCUAUUGAUUACUUCGUUGAAAAGUUGUCGAUGGUUUCUUGGCUGUGGCAAAGGGUGUCUCUGCGACCUGUUCAACCUCCACCAUGUUGGUUCUCCUGGAUAGUUCUCGGAGCUUGGCCCUCGUUCGUGCUCGCUGGAUUGAUCAUUCAGUUCGGAAUUACUGGAAGGGGCAUUCAUCAUGAUGAUGUGAAAGCCGGAAGAAAGAAGUCCAGAGCUGUGAACACGAGGGUUCUAACCAGAGCCGAGAGGGCUGAAAUGAAGCAGAAAAAGUAUAGAUACCUGUACCAAGUCCGUACUGCUCAUGGUGAUGUGAUAAGUCAGAAUUUUGUGCAGCAACUUCAAAAAAAGGAUAACAGUGAUAGUCAAGGUGAAUGUAGCACACUACAGUCCGAUGCCACCCAUCUCACAAUACUACCAGAUACUCAACUGGCAGCUUUGACGGAGAGCGAGGAUGACAGUCAGACAGAAAUAGCCGCCCGACGAUGAAAAAGAUUUUCGCCACAGAUUUCCUUUCCAUUUAUCAGAAAAUGCUUAGAUCGUUUUUAAAGUAUUUCAAGCUUUAAGACAAUAAGUAAAGUGAUGUUUUUGUUUCAUGUACUAGGUGUUUCAAAAUAAUCGUUAACAUGACUGAGUAUACCCACAAAACAAGAUGGUGUUUUGGAAUAGUAUGUACAAAAAGUCCAAAGUUGGGCGCCAAAAAGAUAUCGAAAGCGAGCGACUUGAUAGAAAUAUAAAUGAAUAAGUAAAAGUUAAUUAAAAAGAUAUACUAAAAGAGAUUUGACACAUUAUAUUCUGAAAGAAUUUCACAGGUUUUUUAUUAUUUUGGACAAUUCUGCUUCAUUAAUAAAGAUACCGUACAAUAACAUUGUCAUUCUCGUGUAUCUGAAUGUCUUUUGGGUUUAAGUUUUGUAAGUUAUUCUCGGUUUCAGGAAUUUCGGUUUUAGAUAUUGUCUGAGCAUCGUAUUUUAGUCUUCUCGUUGAUCUCAUUUAAUUAUUUAUUUCUUUUUUCUUUCUCUUUUUUUUUUUGGUCGAUAGAUAAUUUCAUUCCCAAAUACUAUGUUUCCAUCACAUGUUUAAUUCUUUUGUAAAAUUAUUUUCUCUUUAAUUGAGAAUAUGCAAUGCAUAAGAUCUACAAUCGAACUAUUUUAAUUUUUCGGCAAGUUGGUUUAGAUCUGCAUUAUUUUGGAUUAUCACUUUUACAUAGAUGAGUUUAUCAGUUUCUUUACAAUACAGAAGUUCCUUUAAAGUACAAAAAGAAUAAUACAGUAAUGGUCAACAGGAAAUAUGCUAUAUAGCACCUAUAAGGGUAGAUCAGUUUAAAAUAUGUCUAUUAAUCAUCAUGAAAAUCUAUUAAUUAUCAUUGCACCAUUAUGCGGUACUGAUAAUGACAAUAAACCAUACAGGUUUAACUUAAAAUUAACAACGGCCUGAACGGAGCCGGAAAGAUCGCAAAUGCUCUUAUUAAAAACAAAUCUAGUGAAGACCAUAAAUGAAGCGGCAUAAUAAAAACCAAGAUUUGUUUAAGUAGUAUCUGAUAGUUUGAAAUAUAGAAGAGGUAUCACCAGAAGCAAUAGUUAAUUUAAAAAAGUGCUAGUGAUGAUGAUUCCAUGUAUUUGUCAUAAAACAAAUUUCUGGACCAUAAUUGUCGAAAUUUAUUUUAGUGAUUGAAUCAAUGUAUUCUGAAUAGUCAUUUUAUCUGAAACUAUCCUUUUACCAAUGCUUUAAAAAUGGUUCUAGCAUGUUGCGUGUUUUGCCGUAUACCUUUGUUAAAAAACAUAUUGCCAAGAGUUGACAUUGGAUAGAGAUAUGAGAUUUUGAAGACAAAAUAAAAAUAGAGAAUGUUUAAGUUAAUAAAAGCAGUAAACUUACAUCUAAAUCAGAAUUUGUUGAUGAUAAAGAAAUCAAACGCCAGUUAUAAUUAAGUUUGGUGGUCAGAUUUUAAAAUAGCCUACUUAGUUGGCAAGUAAAUUCUGCUAAUGGAACAGUGACGAACGCAAGUUGUCUAAAUAGCAGAUAAUAAAGACUGACAACUAGUUAGUAGUAACUAACUAAAGGAGAAAAUAAAUCAUUUCGUGCAGUAGUUAGCUAUAAAUAGCUUUAAUUUACUCUAAGACUCUUUUAUCCUUCAUUCACAUUCUCAUUGAAUAAAAGUUACGCUGAGCAAGCUAGAGUGUAAGCAGGCAUUAUCAUCGUAUCUUAUUCUACUUAGGUUGGCUUGGAUGGUUCUUUGUUUUAUAUUAGGACAAUAAUCUGGAUCAUCUUGUCUAAACUUUACAAGAUACGCGGAAUGCUUGGACUAGCUAGAGUAAAGAUGAGAUAUUUAAGUCGAACAUUUUUUUUCUGCAGAGCUGCUUAACGUUUUGAAUCCAAAAUAUAAACAACUGCUUCAAUAGCUAAUAAAAAUAAUUUGCUGUACCUAAUUUUGAAUGAGAACAUUCUCUAUUUUUACCAUAACUUUUUUAACACUGACUAUAGUUAUUUUCUACAAUUAUGCCAACUGAUCUGCCGCAAGAGAUUACAGUAGGUAGAAUAACUGACGAAAAUAACACACAAUAAUCUGAAAAUGCAGAAAUGCAAUAAUUUUGAAAGUUUGUUGUUUUGUGGGCUGUCAGUUUUUUAUCGCGGGAAUUUUCAAAAACGUAUUCCUCCUAUUUAGUAUUCUAUAGUUACAGAAAACAGGUUGAUCUUAUAGUUGUAAUGUCACUACCAACAUUACGUUUUUAUUGUACUGAAGUGAAAUUGUAUGGCUUAUUUUCUUGGGUAAAUUAAAAUUACAAUUUUAUUAAAAUUUUAAGAUGUAAAAAACAUGUUUUAACAAAAAAUUGCAUCUUAAAAACUGAAGAGUUGACAAAGCCCCACUUACCUUCAGUCAGUUCUUCGGUUUGUGCUGAAAAGUUAAAAAUGUUUUAAACAAAUUUUCUAAAAAUAUAUUCCAAGCUCUCGGUCUAUAAAUGAUAGAAAAUAUAGAUACAGAGUAUUAAUUAUUUACUGCGUUGCAAGAUAUGUCGGUUGUAUUACCCCUGAUAUACUAAUAGAUUUUAAUACUUCACUGGUCGACAAAUACCUUUGAAGGUGGCAUUAGGAAAAUUUCAGCUUUGGUUAAUUUUCUUUCACAGAAAUAUCAAAAAUAAAAUUUAAAAAAAAAACAAGUGAAUAUACUUGUUUUUGUCAUAUACUUAAAUUGUAGUAUAUACGGGUCCAUUUAAUGACGAAUAAAUGGAUGAAACGCCUACGUAGAUAAAUACAAGAGAUAAACCAGAAAUUAAGAAAAACCAUAAAAGAUUACACAAAAACAUCUAACUCUUCCCUUUUUUACUUCUGGUCAGCGAGCGAAAUUGUUCGCCAGCUAAAGGUCCAAAAUCUCUACCUAGAGAUGACUUUCCAGCACCUAAACGGAAAAUAUGACCUCCAAGACAAUAUAAACGGAAGUAAAGUAAAAUAUUUCUCGAUGCUUGCGUCCAAAUGCUCCCUCCCGCUAUUUUUCUCUCUGCGCCCAUUGCGUUUUGAUGUUUCGUUCCAAUAUCAUGUUAAAAUUUAUUACUGAUUGACAGACAAUUCGUGGGGAUAAGUAAAAAUAGCGAUUCAUUUCGCUUUAAAGCAAUUGUAAAUCAACAAUUAAAAUAUGUUUCUUCUCUUCAAAGAUUUUAAGAUACAAUUCUAAAUGUUAAAUAAAACCUUGGAAAUUUUUAGGAUAAGUAUACAGUGGACAUUCAAAUAUGAAUUGAAAAAUUUGCUGUACCUACCUGGCAUUUUUCUAUAAAAAUUUUGUGUUCAAGAAAAAAACAUUACAGUUAUGUAUAUUGUUAUCCAUAUGCGUCCAGAUAACGAUAUACCUUCUAUUUAGAGCAACCAUUUAAAUAACUUGUUAACAGCACCUACUAGAUUCAGAUUGCAAUUUGCUUAAAUUUACGGUUCCACGCAAAAAUACCAAUAACAUGGAUAAGUUUUUGAAAAUAUCCUUAAUUUUGGGGGUAUGUUAGCGAUGGCUUAAGUAUUGGCAUAAAUUAAAUUACAGUACAUUCUAGUGCUAGAUCUGUGAUAACAGAAACCUAUGAAAUAGGUACAUUUUUAUAAACACACAUUUUAUUUUUUUUUACAUGCACGUCAUUUUGCUCUUAAGCUCUUAAAAUCGAAACAUACUUAUAUGGUAUAAACACAAUAUUUUUGGCGUUUUUUGUUGGCAUAAUAUCGUUCCAAAGAAAAAGUUCAGAAAUAUAAGCAGCAGCUGAUCAAAAAGUACAUUUAUUCACACAUGUCACAGAUUCCCGGAUGAUUUCUGAAUUAUUUUUUUUUUUUAUAAAUUUUGUCAAAAUACCCAUAGGUAAUUUUUAUACUUACCUAUAAAUUGUUUAUAUUUUGAUAGAAGCAUCAUUUGUUGACUAAAUUUAACUCUUAGAAACUUUUUGGUAAAAUAUCGAUCUUAAAUAUUGAUCUUAAAUCCACAAACAAGUUCCACAAAGCUAAACGAGUUACGGAAAGGACUAUAUUGUGAAUAAGUUCAAGAGAGAAAGUCAGAAAUGAAGAAAUUCGAAAAGAAACCCGAGUAAUGGACGUUCUUAAAAGUGGCUAAACUUAAGUGGCAAUAGGCUUGACAGCUUUGGAUAGGUAAAUAUAUAGUCUUUUGAUUUGGCGUGCUAGAUAAACAAAAUCAAGAUCCUAAGUAUCCUUAAAAACAAUUUGAAAGAGGGUCUAUAUAUGACAGAUGAUUGAAGACUAAAAAGAAAUUAUGAGGCAACUAGUGGCCUCACAGCUUCCUUUAUUUGUAGUAAGAAAAUCUUAAAGAUCUGAAGCAAUUAAAAAAUCAAGAAAUUUCUGUAUGUAUUUGUAUUGCUACCAUUAUGAGCGACAAGUUUAUGACACUGCUCCCGUUUAACAUGACCUUAUCGAAACCUUGAGUUGUUAUUUUAUCCAAUUUCAAAUUAAGCAUCACAUGAUGUAUAUCAAUAUUAUUUCUUCUUUUGUGAAGAUUAUUGCCAAUUUGAUAAAAACCAUUAUUGGUGUCAAACAUAUUGAAUAUAGCCAAAGACUUAAUGCUUCGCUUAGAUACCCCUUUUAUAUCCACAGGAUGUGACAAAAAUGUAUUACAAGAUAUUUUCCUUGCAAAAAAUACAUUCCAAAAUAAGCAUUUUUUGCCGUUUCCUUGUCACAGUCUGUAAAUAUACUGCCAAAAAAUUGUAACAAAUACCUGAUAGUAAAUCAAACUAUUAUAUACGGAUAUGUGUAGACUAUUUAUUAAAAAAGCCGUAGAACGUUCAGUAUCUACCAAAUAAUCACUCAAAAAGUAGUAGAAAUCUUUAAAGUCUUUCCUGAACAAGGUAAUUAUUUUUUCUGUUCAGAACUAAUGGAUACCGUAAAUACAGAACAUCGAAAGAUACGCUUUAAUAAAAUAAUAAUCCUAUAUUAAUAUAGGAGUUAAAACUUAUCUAAAUAGUUAUAUAAGUCUCCUUCGGCAUAUUCUGAGUUUAAUAUAGGUAUAAAUACCUUAAAAAUAUUAAAGAAUGCCAAUUUCAUUAAUUCUUUAAUGUCCAGAUUACACAUUUUCAAAUAGUUUUUAAAUUAAAACUUUCUAUCUUGAUGGCCGCCUUGUUAAAAUUACUUUUAUCUAUUUUGCCCUCAAUAAUCAAAAAUCUUUGACCCCUGGAAAGAGUAUAUGGUCUAAAUCUUGUUUUAAGUCUCUAAGUGUAAUUUUUUUAUUCCUAAUAUUUAGAUUUAGUUAAAAACUUAUUUCCCUAUUUUGUCUUUCUGAACCAAACAAAUUUUACGAAUUUUAACUAAGAAGUAAAGAAACAAAGUAUGAUGACUCUAUGAUCCGGUAACUCUAGGUAAAAAUAUGUCAUUUCGCGUACCUAACGUGACCUGACGAUAAUUGACAUUUGCUAUAAUAUGAGUCAAUGGGAUAAAGUGUUAAUAAUUUUUCAUUAAAUUUCAAAUAAAGUAUAUAAACUAUUAUCAAUUACCUGUGAAAUUGUAAUAGUACGCAUUAUUAAUAGAAGCAGUUCAAUAAUAAUGAAAACAAAAAAUUGUUUAUAAAUAAUGGCGUUGUUCAGUUUUCUUCUUCUAUGGAGAUUUGCUGUCACGUUGGUCCAAGUAACUUUGUUGACCGCUAAUCUGAAGAGUAUAAUAUAAGUCUUUCCAAUCCAUUAUUUAAGAUUGUUAUCUUUAGCAAUGUCUUCCAAAGUUCACAUUUACCCUCGAUAUUUCCCAAUGUUUUAAUACUGAUCAUAAACUACAUCCUCGAUGUAUUAUUGUUUUGCUUUUAGGAGAUUAUUUGGUAGUCCUGAGAUUUUUGAACGGCUGAGAAGAUCAAAGAUCUAUAAACGUUCGAAUAUUAAAAAAUCUUUUAACUUUGAACCAAAGGUUAGAAAUGAAUUAUGAAUUCAUUAUUAUUUUGUUGAAAUAUUUUUUUAUUAUAUAGCACAAGAAAUUAAAAUUUGCUCAUAACU